AAUUCAUAUAUUUUAAAAUAAAAUUUUUAAAUGGAGACUACCAAGACGCAUCUGCCAUCGACUUUGCCGUUCUUGCCUGGAAAUACCCAGCAAGACCCAACCGUCACGAAGUACCAUAAGAGCCAGCUGUUGGGGGUCAAAGAUGGAACUCUCUGAGAGCGGAUUGUUCCAACUGAUGAUGAUAAAGAUGAAGCCAAACUCCAGACAAUGAAGGAAACAAAUCUUCUAAGGCACACAGGACUCCCAUCCAGGCCUCCUCUAGGGACUUCCAGCCUUCCUAGAAAGCCUCCAGCUUGGCUCCAGAACGACAAAAAGGUACUCCAGUUCAAUGGCUAUUUCCAGGAACACGUUGUAGAAAACCCCGAUGAGAAUUUUAGAAUCAGAAAAUGUGUAUUUUAUUAUUACCUCGAUGAUCACACCAUGUACAUCACCGAGCCAAGAGUCGAGAACGCAGGAAUUCCUCAAGGAGUCUUCUUGAAGAGGCAUGCGUUCCCUAAGCCAGAUGGAGGCGUAUACCACUGGACCGAUCUUGACGCUGGCAAAGAGAUCGAAGUCUAUGGAAGAGUCUACAAGCUGGUCUCAUAUGAUGCCUUCACUGCAGAGUAUUGUGCAAGUGCUGGACACCCUCUGUCUCCAUGUGAAGGAGCUCCAGAUGACAACUUCAAGAUGACCAGGAAAAUGAUUAACAUGAAGCAGAAUCCACCGGACUUGGCUGAGACUAAGGAAUAUUUCGAAGUCAAGCUCAAGGGAGGAAAACCAAACAAGAAGCUUGCAAGCUACCUUGAAAACGACAGAAAAGUUCUGAGCUUCAGAGUGCUAUGGGACGACACUUCUUAUGACGGAGGAGAAAAGCAGUACAUCCUAAAUUAUUUUCUCUCCGACCAGACCAUGGAAGUCAAAGAAGUCAGAGUUGCCAACUCAGGAAUUGAUGAUUUCCCGAUGCUUCUCAAGCGUAUGAAAGUUCCAAAGGAGCCAGUGCUGACUCACUACCCAAGCAUGUCGCUGAGAAAAGAAGAUUAUUAUCUCCCAACCGACUUAAUCGUCGGAAACGUCAUCAAGGUUUAUAGCAGAGACAUUCUGCUGAUCAGCUGUGAUGCUUACACAACCCAAUGGUUCAAGGAUAAUGAAAAUAUCGACCAGGUUCCUCUCAAAGUCAAGAAUCCCAGGAAGAACCUGAAGUACCAGCCUGUACCAAAAUAUAACGGAUUCGGAACUGAAGAAGACUCAAUGGCUUCAGUAAACGCUCUGAUCCUCAAGCCUCCAAAGAAAGACGAGCAGAAGAUUUUCAAGAAUGACAUGCACAUCUUGAGGUUCGACGCAAGACUUGUUUCCACUGAGCCAGACGAUGAAAACAGAAAAUUCAUCAUUGCAUUCUACUGCGGAGACGAUACCAUCCAAGUUUAUGAAGUCUGAGACAGAAACAGCGGGAGAGUCGGAGGCAAGUUCCUUGAGAGAAAGCCCUACAAGAACCCAUUCUCUAAGAAGCUUUACCAAGAAAGAGAUUUUGCAAUUGGCAAGACGAUCCACCUGAACACCUUCAGGUUCCAGAUCAAUGACUGCGACGAGUAUACCCAUAAGUACAUGGAAGACAACGCAGAGGUGUUCCCUCAGGCUUCAAUUGAUGCGAUCCUUGACAAGAUUAAAUCUGGUGCCUACUCGUACUCGUCUCUGCAAGAAUAUGUUAUUCACCUGAUGAAGAAGCUUGACAAGAAUGCAGACGAAGUGAUCUCUUUUGAUGAGUUCAAAGACGGACUCAAAGACAUGAACAUUUUCUUGAGUGACCAUGAAGUGAACACGCUACUCAGAGUGUUCGACCAUAACGGAGACGGAAAGAUCAGCAUGGAAGAGUUCUACAACACGCUAUCCCAAUCAACAGCAGAAUAACUAUUCCUCCACAUUUCAUAAAAAGCGACUC